AUGCUAGACUCGCUUCAAGAGAGUACCAACACCAUCUCAACCGUGACUCGCAAACCCUUUGCACCUUCUAUUCCACCCCUGGCAUCUCCCUCCGUCCUCCUCUCAGCUCGUAAACAACAUUUAAAUACCUCCGUCUCCACCCCACGUUUUUUUGCUUUUGACAUGUAUUUUUACAUCUUCAAGAGAGAACAGCCUUCCUUCGCUUAAUCUCGCGCGUAAACAAUCCAUGGAUACGGAUUGCGCGCUGAACAUCUAUCAUAUGGCUUGCUGACUGCCUGCGUGCGGUAAUUCCAUCUUCACUCGCGCGAACAUUCGCUCGCGACAAAAAACAAAAAAAAAGGAAAGGAAGGAGGAAAGAGAACGAGAGGGGGCGCGGGGUGAGACAGCAAAGAAAAAGCAAAUACUCUGUUUGUGAUGGGAACACUAUCGUGCGAUAGUCAUACAAUCUCCGCAUCACAUAUGCACCUACCCCCAUUGUCGCUAUCUAAAUCCAUACAUACCUAGGUAUACUUCUCAUAAAAUGUGUACAUAGCAUGAGGGAUAGCCCAUCCCGAACUGCAGAUAUAAACCCCUCUUCCUAAAAUCUCCAGCAUAUCCCUCCUAUAACCUCACAGCGUUCAACCUUGACGGUAUACAGCAUACUAUCCUCUUUCUUUUAGCGGUAUACAUAUCAACAAGGUUGAUACAUGCACGAUCCGAGAUGAUGUGCAGCUACUGUCGUCACGUUGUGUGGGUCUCGCCACUCGCCUAUUCACCUAGGUACAAAGUAGUCGAUGUUUUUACUCGCCCAAGAUCGGGUGCACCGCCAC